GGAGCGAGGACAGGGUUUUUGGGGGGGUGGCCCUUUACCCUUGGCUCCGUGCGAUCCAGCCCGCGAGCGGCGUCGCUAUGGACUGGGCGUCCGACUUCUCCUUGCAAGGACGGCCCGGCGAGCAUCCCCAGCGCCGCAGGCGCGACAGCCUGAAGGGAGACUUGCGCCGGCUGCGCUGCCUCGUGCUGUGCUGCAUCCUGGUUCUCCUCCUCUUCUCGGUGCUUUUGAUUUACCUGCUGGGCAGGAGCCUCGGGUGCAAGCAGGACGGCGAGAUGCCAAUUGAAAAACCUCCUAAAUUCCAGAGACAACGGGGCUAUCCAGAAAGCAAGCCCAAGAUCCAAGUGACAGUUGCAAAUAAACAAAAUUUGUCCUGUGCCGGAGAUGAGCUUCCAAUACUGAAGUGGGAAUAUGCCCGACACACGUCAGACCAAAUGAAGCACACUGACCAUUUCUUGAUAGUCCCCAAAAAUGGAGAUUACUUUGUCUACACUCAGGUCACUUUCCGAUGUCCUGGUCCUACAUGUGAAACCAUAGAAUACUGCGGGAAGAAAGGAGUGGAUGAGGAUCACACCAUGGUGGUGAUUUCGGUGAAAAAGAGAGCGUACAGUGUCUCGAUACCCCUGAUGAGAAGCGACAGUUCAAUUGGCGAGAAGACCAAAUGGAAGAAAACCAUUUAUGUGGGAGGGGUGGUCCAUCUAACAGAAGAUGACAAACUCAUGGUGAACGUUAGCAACCCUGCCCUGGUGGGUUUCAGUGGAAAUGGAGACAUAACCUACUUUGGUGCUUUCUUAAUCUAGCCCGCUCGAAGCCAUGGAUUCUCCCACGCACAGACUGGAAUUUUCAUGAUGUGGCAUAGCAGGGUGCCUAUAGAUGCUUCCUAAUUGUCCUCACCUGACAAGGAAGUUCCAGAUGGCUGGCCUUGUUUUCUGAAGUGGUGCUGAAGGAUUUGGAAUCCUUCCAUGUUCCAUGUUGUUGUUUUUUUUAAAAAAAAUCCAGAUUUUGUAGAGACCGUGCUUUGCGUGCCCAGUGUCCGGAACCUUCUGAUCCUUCCGUUUAUUUGUAUCACGUGCACGUGCGCACCCACACAAAAUUGCCAGUCCGCAACUUACAGCAGAAGGUCGUAGAGAGCUGCCUUAUAGCAAGCUGUGCCUGUGAUGUUCCUAUAUUAAUGUAUAUAUGGUAAGUGUUAGUUGUUUAGAAGAUACAUGGUAAGUGGAGUGAAAGAGGGGGAGUGAAUGGGCAGUAGAAUGCGAGAUGAUUGGCUGAGUGUUUAAAAUGGCUGAAUGUAUAAAAGGAAGAAUGAGAGUGGAAUCUGGGGGGGAGAAGAGAACUGAGUGGGUUGCUUGGUGGGGUUUAGAGAGUUGUUUGCCAGGAGGGAGAUGGAGUUCGGAUUAGUAUUGAGUAAAACCAUAUGCUUAUGUGCCUUAAGAAGAAAUCUUGUUAAUCUUGUUAGCUUUGUUAUCUGUAAUAAAUACUUAAUUUGGUUUACCAAAGGCCCGAUCCUUGGCUGGGGUUUCACAGACCAGAAGGGAGGGUAAGGUAAUGACCAAGAUUAAAGGGGAACUGUAACAAAUGGUGGCAGCGGUGAA